AUGGGGAAUAGAAAAAGACUACCGCCUGGCCAUCGUUACAGAUAUAAAAAAGCUUGGUUUGACAACAUUGUUGAGGAAGAGAAUGCUAAAAGAAUACAAACUGGCGCUGAAAUAUAUGAGACACUACAAGCUUUUAGGAAUGAUUUUGGAAAACCUCUAGACAAGGAAAUUAAAAGAAAAAGAACUGAGUUGGAAGAUGAUGAGGUGGAUCAAGAAGAGUGUGAAGAAUCAAAUGAUCUAUGGCGGUGGAAGAAGAUAUCAAUAUUCUUUGAACUACAUUACUGGAAGGAUUUGCUUGUUCGUCAUAAUAUUGAUGUUAUGCACGUAGAAAAAAAUGUGUCGGAUGUUAUAUUGUCUAUCUUGAUGCAAAGUGCUAAGUCAAAAGAUGGUUUGGAAGCAAGAAAAGACUUAGAGGAUAUUGGAAUCAGAAAUCACUUGCACACAGAAGUCAGGGGAAAGAAAACAUACUUACUUCCAGCAGCCUACUGGUUAUCCAAGAAAGAAAAGACCAUUUUCUGCCAAAGGUUAUCUAAGUUUAGAGGUCCUGAUGGUUAUUGUGGUAAUAUUGCGAAUAGUGUUUCAGUUAACCCUCCAAAUAUAGGUAGUUUAAAGCCACAUGAUCAUCAUGUCCUAAUACAGAACUUGUUACCGGCUGCAUUAAGAGGGUUGUUACAUAAGGGUCCUAGGAUUUCCAUCAAUAGAUUAUGCAGUUACUUCAACAGGUUGUGUCAACGCAUCAUCGACCCGGAGAAACUAAUGGCAAUGGAGAUAGAGUUUGUGGAAACAAUGUGUCAACUGGAGCGCUUCUUCCCUCCAUCCCUUUUUGAUAUCAUGUUCCACCUUCCAAUUUAUAUACCAAAAGAGGCACGUUUGGGAGGACCGAUACACUUCCGCUGGAUGUAUCCCUUCGAAAGGUACAUGAAAACACUUAAGGCUUUUGUUAAUAAUCAUGCAAGGCCAGAAGCAUGCAUGGCUGAGGGGUAUUUAGCUGGAGAAUGCGUUGCAUUUUGUUUAGAGUUCCUUAAAGAUUCAGUACCAGUUCAAGAAACAGUUAACCGCAAUGAAGAUAUUGAGGUUGAUAGAGGCGUGGUUGAAGGUCGACCUCUGCAGAAGGGUAUAGAAGUUACCCUAUCAGAUAAAGAUAGAGACACUGCACAUCGCUAUGUGCUAAUGAACAUGGCAUCUUUGGAUCCUUAUAUUGAGAUGCAUUUGGAAGAAUUACAAGCUAAUGAUGUUCGAUGUGCUAAAAAUGAAACUUUGUUAUGGAAAAACCAUACUGAGCAGUUUGCACAAUGGCUUAAAAUAAAGUACUUCAGCUUGAUGAUCAAGCAUGGAAUUUUACUGUGGCGGAUUCAUUCAGACUCAACAAAUAGUCAUUCUAAGGAGAUAAGGUGGUUGGCAUUUGGACCAAGAAAUGUUGCUUUAGCACAUAAAGGAUUUAUCGUUAAUGGGCAACAGUUUCACACAGAUGCAGUUAAGCGGAAGACACAAAACAGUGGAGUAACUUAUGAAGCAUUUAGCAUGUGUAGAUCAAGUGCUCGAGAUAUGAGACAAGUCGAUGAUAUGCUUACAUAUUUUGGAGUGAUAAAGGAGAUUUUACUUAUGGACUAUCACAUGUUCAAAGUGCCGCUGUUUAGAUGCAAUUGGGCCAACACAGGGAAUGGUGUGAAGGAGGAAGAUGGUUUCACUCUUGUCAACCUUCAUAUGAACCAACCAGCCUAUUUGAAAGAUCCAUUCAUUCUAUCUUCUCAAGCAAAACAGGUUUUCUAUUCUAGGGAAGAUGAUAAUUCAAAUUGGUAUGUUGUUAUGAGAGCACCACCUAGAGGCUAUCAUGAGUUGGAAACAGAAGAGGAUUUAGGUGUUGCACCUUUGCCUGUCCAAGAAGUCGAUGAUUUGGAUGAUGAAGCUUGUGAUGAUGAUAGUGUUUAUGUUAGGGAUGAUUGUGAAGGCUUGUUAGUGGUAGAUUGA